UCCCCCUAAAAAACAGACGGGUAAAAUUUGGUGACUGAUAGAGAUCGUCGAUCAUGACAAAGAUAAAAAAAAAGUAGAUAUAUCGGAACAAAUUGAACACUUUCAAAUGAAAACGACACCAAAACAAAGGAAUCAUCGAAAGAGAAAAGACACGCACUGAAAACGAUGUUAAGAGAAUGAUAUCGACACACGGAGACAGCUGGACAAAAUACAAUAGGUAUACCAAAAUCAAUGAAACGUGUUGUAAUUCAUCCCCCCGUAAAAUGAAACGCCCAUUGACGAUUAAAUCUGAUUGUCAGAUACUAAUAACAAGAUGAAGUAAGGUCCUUGCCACUGUAGAAUUAAUGACAGGAGCUCUGAUUACCCUUUGAUAUUCUACAUGUACGUUAAAACUUUAAUUUUUGAAACAGGUUUUUUCAUUUUGAGUUUGUCCUCGUGUUUUUUGUUAACAUUAGUCAAGAUUCAGGCCUAAGGGUGGGGCUUAAGAGGCAUAUAGUGAAGAUCUACUCGAAACUCCCUGCAAAUAAAGUUUGGUUGGAUUGUUGCCUUACAGUGCAGGCAUAUUUGUGUAAUGGAUCUCAUGCGAUGGGUAACUGAAAAAAGCACUUGUUACAUUGCAUAAUUGAUUCAACGUACACGUGAUCCGAAUUGUUCGGCGGGUCAGUAUGUCCAAUGUGAUUAUGUCUUUACCAGGUCAAACAGGUUGCACACAUAUGCUUUUCCCAUAUGUUGUGUAUUGCAAAGCAAUGCCCUCAUUAACACAAUGGGGUUAAAGUGUCCCGAGUAAAGUUAAAACAAAAAUCACGAAAUGUACCUCAAUGCACUUCACACUGGCAAUGGCACUCGGAUCACCUCGGUCGAUUCCAUCUCACCUCCGAUAUAUGAUGUUUUCCGCCAUAUAGCACGUAUACAGUGACGUAUAACAUGUUUAACGUCUUUGAUCAACUGGAACUACUGACAGCUCCCACGAAAUACAGUCCAUUUUAACAUAUUUUUAUAACUAUUUCUCUUUGAGAUUUUUUUUUCUUCUUCUUGAAAUAGAGAGCAGUUUUCUAAGGAAAACUCCAUAAUUUUUUUAAAAAAAAAACCCAAACCAUUUUGAUCACUACAUUCUGAAAGUGGAAGUUUUUCCGAAGGAGUAAAUAGACGACCGCAUUGCAAAUGUUAGGCGUAGCUACAUAUCACUUACUGUCAUACAUCCGAGGCUAGAUGUAGGGUACCGAAGGCUACCGGAAUCUGCCGAAUGAUGGUGACAUCUCCAUAUGAGUAAACAUUUUUCGCAUGGGACGAUAAACAAUAUACAACCAACCAAAUCACACUAUAUGACGUCACAAUAUAAAAGUACGUAACGACAUACAUGCCGAUAGUUUAAUGUCAGAAUAUUUUCUCGUUAUUUAAUACUGUUAUGCAGUGUUCAAACUGUAUAUGUGCAAAUCUGUUUGUCAAAUGAUUCUUUUUCAAUUAAGUCUCCUGUUUUUAUAUGUAGUGUGCGCUACAGUAAUAUUUAUGAUACAUUGCGACCUUGAAAUCGCCUCCAUGUGCAUGGUCAUUUAGAAUAAAGAUUGAUUGUUUGUAUAUUGUUUAACGUCGCGAUCGAGAAUCUUUCCCUGAUAUGGAUAUAUCUUUAGAAGUCAAUCGUGUGCACAUAUCGACUUGGGACAGGUAAAAGAUGACAAUAUAUUAUUUUAAUCAAGACAUAUUCCAAAAGGUAACUAGUUGCAGAUUUAGGAUUUUGAUACGCAAGGUAGGAUUUUUUGCCUCGUGUAGAUAAGAAUUGGCAGUGAAUGUGGGAAAUGCCCAACAUUUGAAUCGAGAUUAUGGAAAUUGCUAAAUAUGAGAGGAUAUUAUACCGGUCCGAAUCACUUUUUUGAUUUAUCAUAUCAAUGUCGACAUAUCAAGUCCAAACUGCAAAUGAUGUAAGUGCAUCUUUCACCUGUGCCGAGGUGAUACACAACUAGCGAAUAAAAAUUGCUUAGUCACUUGUAUGUUGACGUAUUUCCCCACGUGGUACGCUGUUUAUGUACUAAACAAACGAUUUUUGAAUAUGCUGUUAUUACUUGUUAUGUUACUCGGAACACCCACUGAGAAGGGGGUAUACUACAUGUACAUCGUCAUAAUGGCGGUCUUCCUUCUAUAACAUAAAUAUAAAUAUCGGCAAAUAUUUGUCUAUCCAAUAGUAGCUCAACAGGCUAACGAGUCGUCUACGAAUCUAGUAGGUCGUGAGUUCGAGUCCAGCAGGAGUUUUCAAUUUUUUUCCAUAUCAAUUUCUACUAAAAUUGCAUUUUUUGACUAAGUAAAGUAAAUUUGAAGUUUUUACUUUUAAAAUAGUGUUGUACACAUCUCCCAAUUUUCACCCAUAAUAAAUCUAUUUGGUGUAGUAUUCCUUCCAAGUCCGUUUUUCUUUCCCACCAUACAUAUUUCUUAAUUUGUCAGGUGUGCUUCUGUAUACUGUUAUUUUAAGGGAGGAGAGGGACUAUUGCUUUACAAACAAUUCUUGUUUUUUACUCUCCAUUAAAAUGCAGUCUGCAUAAUGCAGAAGUGGUUUUGUUACUAAGAAAGUUGUGGGGGCUUCUUAUAUCAUGUUUGUUAAGCUAACAAUGCGUGUAUGAAUAUGAACAAUCGUACGCCUAACCAACUAUCCACUGUUUAGUCUUCACUUAUGUUGACGGUUGCAAUAAUUUUUAUGGAUGAAUGAAAACAACUAUAUAGAGCUGAGGAAAGGAUUUAAACCAAGGUAUAUACACCUCUCUCUGCCUAUCGACUACUUAACAGAGGGGCAUUUACCUGUCUGUGCAUUGCGAGAAAAAUCUGCUCCAGGCUAUUCCUUUGUUUGGUCUGUUGGUAUUGGUUUCCAUAAUACAGGCGACUGCAUCAAUUGAAUUAAGGAUGAAUACCAUCGUAAUAAUGGUCGACGUCCUUUCGAACCAUAACGGAAACGUUAGUAAUAAACUGAGAGGCUUUAUUAACGCAACACUGGGCAUUUCUUUUUUGUCUGAUUAUUAUACGCCCGUCUUAAGACGGGACGUAUUAUGGUAUGGCGUUCAUGUCCGUCCGUCUGUUAGCUUUUUCGUGUCCGACCCGUAACUUAAAUACUACAAGGCCUAGAAUCAUCAAACUUUGUCUGUAGAUACAUCUUGGGUAGAAGGUGUGUCGCACAUUAAAACCAGGUCACUGUGACUUUUCAAUAAGAAGAUAUGGCCAUAUAUGGCAAAAACUUGUCCGGCUCAUAACUUGAAAACUAUUAGACCUAGAAUCACCAAAAUUGGUCAACUAAUGCAUCUUAGGUAGAAGGUGUGUCGCAUCCUACUUUAAGGUCACUGUGACAUUUAAUUAAGGUGAUAUAAAAAAAAUGUUUUAAUGGGUACAAUCUAUACUGUUGCUUAUUCAAAAAUGUUGCAUUAAAAAAACACAUAUUUUGUAUGAUAUACUGUGCAGCUUUUUUUAGUAUAUAUAAUGUUUCUUUUGUUUCUAACAAUAACAAGAGAAAUUCCACUUGUCCCAUGGGAGUAGCAUGCAAAGAGCAUUUUGAUAAGAUUAAUUAAUGAGUUUAGUGUAAGGAGACUGUCUUAAUCAUUUCUGGUAGAGCAUCUCUGAUCAAGCAGGUGUUAUCUACAUCUCUAAGGAAUUGGGCAGAGGAAGUUUAUUAAUUAAGCCUCUUAAUAACUGUUGAUAUAUUGGUAUUCUUUCAAAUUUGUUCUUGGUGGCCAGUCUAUAUUUUCGAAAUGAAUUUCAUAUUAGAAUGUCAAAAUUAAUUUCAACAUUGUAUAAUAUAAUUUUUAAUUCUUUUUCUAAGCAACCGAUAUGCAGAGUGUCAUUUCUGAUUAAGAUAACAGAUGGUUGCAAUAUAUAUAUAGGACAUUUUAAUGAUUAGCAUUUUGAUGUUUAAUUUAUUAGGCUGUGGCAAUAUAAUACAUAUACAGGCUUUAGAUUGGGCAUUUGUGUAAACAGAAAACAACCAGUUGAAAAAUAAAUGAAUGUACUAUGCAAUAUUUGAAGCAAUGUCACAUGAGGCCAUAAAGUGGGUAAGAUUCUUAAAGGAAGGUUGACAUUUGGCUCCAUGCAUACCUAUCUCUUCAUGGUAAUAUGUUCAUGUUAACAAUAUGUGACGGGCGUAUCAUGUGCCGUGGCGGUGCACUUUAUUUAUUUUAUUAAUUUGAAACGCAUAUUUCCGAUAUAUGAUCUUUGAUAAAUAAACGCUAUGGAUAUUCUUUGAGAGUCUACAAAUGAGAUCAAAGGUGGUAGGAAUGGGCAAAAAUUCUGGUUUGGUUCAUUUGACUGACAAAAGUUUCGAAUGGUUCUUUGAGGAAUAUUCUGCCACUCUAUAAACAAAUCCCUUCUCAGUUCUUGUGGAUUCUUAGGCUGGCGGCUGCACACACGUCUACCAAGCUCGUCCUAAACAUGUUCAAUCAGAUUAAGGUCUGGGGACAUGGCGGGCAAAUCAGGAAUAUUGAUGUCAUUUCUUUGAAUAUUUGAAGGGUAUGUUUGGACACAAGUAUAGUAGGAAAAUAUAUUAGAUUUUUUAAAUACAUGAUUUAAAUUUAUGAGAUGACUUCACAAGAAUACAACGAUAUCAGGCCUCAACCGUGCGCAGCUUUUUGUGCGCCGUAAAUCGAAGGUUUUUAUAAGGGGUGGAUCUGUAGCUCUCUGAUCUCUCCAAAUAUUUUCUUCGAGAGCUAUAGUUCUGCAGGUACUCAAUAAGAAGCAUUAUGACCCCAACUUUUCUUUUUAAUUUCCUAAUUCUCCAUCAAUGUACAAACCCAAGAUACACUUCCCAAAAAUUUACAUUAUUACAAAUUUCAGGUGCGAGCCUCUUUAAGACACAAAUAAUAUUGUAGACGUCAUCAGUUUUUAAGCAAAGGAAUAACAAUGUAUGAAAAAGGAAGUAAAAAAUAACUACUCUUGGUUAAACAAUAUUUUAUUUAUUCGAUAUCAUAUUCCGAAAUGUAAUACAGUGUACGUAAGGAGUUUUAAUGAAAAUUUGAAUGUAUGUUGGGACACAGGAAUAGUGGAAAAUAUGUUAGGAAUUUUUUAUAUUGAAUUUAUGAGACAAUGCAGCAACAAGGCCUUAACUGUGCGCAUGUUUUUCUGUGCAGUAAAUUGAAGGUUUUGAUAAGGGGUGGAUCUGUAGCUCUCUGAUUUGUCCCAAUAUUUUUUUCAGAGAGCUACAGUUCUGCAUCUAUGAUCACCGCGUAUUAAUCAAAGGUAUCUCCAGCCCCAAUGGUUAUGAAUUCUAUAUUAAUUUUCCUGUUCCGCAUACCUAAGUUAAAUUCUAUUAUUCAGUAGCAGUAAAAAACAAGAUGUGGUCUUAAAACACAAAUGCCUCCGAAAGUGCCCACGCUGAUGAAAGACUUUACAUAAUAUGAUACAUUAACACCGUAUGGCUACUUUGAACACACCCUAGAGUCAGAACCCUAACCCUAGGGAUCCUGAAAUUUACAAUUUAGUAGAAGCCUUCACGCUUUUGGUAAAUAUGCUUUCAGCUCUUAUUCAACAUUAGCGCAAGUAAACAAGGAAACACUCAAAACUAUUACAACCAUUUUGGGCUUGCCUCAGAGUCAACUCCUGUUAAAAGAAGGGGAAAAAACACAUUUGGGUAGAGGCCUUCCAGAUCUUCUUUCAAAAUUCAUUUAGUAUUCAUGCAAUAUCAGCACCAACUUUUCAAAAAUUUUGUAUAUCAUAUUACCAUUUGGACCCCGCCUUAGAGUCAGAGCUCUUAUCCCCGGGAACUUGAAAUUCACAAUGACUGUGGACAGAGACCAGUUAUAUAUAACAGCUUCUGUUCCUCUUAAAUAUUCAUUGUACUUUUAUCUAGUGUCAGUAAGAUUAUAGAAGUUUAUUAUAUAUCAUGGACAUUGACAGUAUUUGACCAUAAUGAACCGCCAUUGACUUUAAAUCUCUACCUCUUGGGUUAUUGUUGUUUAUUGGUCAAAAACAAAUACAUGUUAUAGAUAAAGUAUACAAUGUAAUAAAUCUAUAAUUAUAUAAAGGUCAAGUACAAAUAGAAAUCGUGCUUAUACAUUGGUAUUUCUAAUUUCAAUGUAAUUUUUAAUAAAUUUACCCAAGUUACAUAUUUAUGGGUUUAAAGAGGUAUUUUAAAUGAUAAGACAUUUAAUCACGAUGACCAUUCUGGCCUCACCCUGGUACCAAAACCCUCACCUCUGGGGGAUCAUAAAAUUUACAAUUUUAGUAAAGGUCUUCCCACUUUACAUGACUACCGAUAUUCAUAAGUAUAUAUGAUUUUAGAUUUAUUACAUUGUAUACUAUGUCUAUAAGCUGUAUUUGCUUUUGACUAAUAAACAACAACAGUCAAUAAGCUUACAGGUGUGCAGUUGUAGAGAGGAAGAUUAUUUUGAGAAAAUUGGUCGAUUUUUGAGUUAUUGCACCGCCUCUAACAGUGCAAGAGUCCUGGAAUUCCACCGCCUCUAACAGUGCAAGAGUCCUGGAAUUCACCGCCUCUAACAGUGCAAGAGUCCUGGAAUUCACCGCCUCUAACAGUGCAAGAGUCCUGGAAUUCACAAUGUAUGUCCUUCUUGUCCCAACUUUGCUUUAUACAAAAUUUGGGAAUUGGAAGGGUAGGGAUAAAAAUGUUUUAAAUCGUUAACAGACGAUGAACAACGAUGGACGCAGACCAAUAGCAUAGGUCACCUUGGGAGUUUUCAUUCAUUCGAAUGGGAACUUGAUACAUUUGAAGGUACAUCUUGAGACAAGUGUAGUGGGAAAUAUGUUGUUUUUCCCUUCAAAUAUAUUAUAGUCUAGAUCUAAAUUAAUUUUGUGUAGCAUAAUUCAUAAGGCAGUUGCCGGGGUUGGGGUCCGACUUUACUCAUCUAAAAUACUGUAACAUUAUAAGUUAAAUACAUCGUGCAGGGUGUAAAUAAAAACCCGAAAAAGAUAAUCAUAGUAAAAACACAGACAUGAAUGCAGACCCUGAAGCGUGUUAUUACACCUCCAAAGCUUCAUUGUUUUCGUGUUCAGUUCAAAUGAAUUAAAAACCUAUAGUUAUCUGUCGCAAUAAAUUUUAGCGUAAAUCAUAAAGAAAUAGCAUGGUUGUUUAUAUUACGGCGGUACGAAAACAGUGGACGUAUAGGAUUAUAUAUCUUAUACAAGAUCUGUUUAUUAUAAAGCAUAAUAAAUGGAUUAUACAAGACCUGUUUAUUAUAAAGCAUAAUAAAUGGAUUAUACAAGACCUGUUUAUUAUAAAGCAUAAUAAAUGGAUUAUACAAGACCUGUUUAUUAUAAAGCAUAAUAAAUGGAUUAUACAAGACCUGUUUAUUAUAAAGCACAAUAAAUGGAUUAUACAAGACCUGUUUAUUAUAAAGCACAAUAAAUGGAUUAUACAAGACCUGUUUAUUAUAAAGCAUAAUAAAUGGAUUAUACAAGACCUGUUUAUUAUAAAGCAUAAUAAAUGGAUUAUACAAGACCUGUUUAUUAUAAAGCAUAAUAAAUGGAUUGAACUAUAAACAUAACCUAUGUAGAAGUAUUUCCCACAAGUACAAGGUCACAAUGUAAUUAUAGUAAAGAAAUUUAUCAAAGAAUUACAAAUAAAUUAAAACAAAAUGCAAUGUAAUCCAAGAGAAAAACAUCAUUUACACAAUUGAUAUUCUAAAAUAGAUUGAUAUAACGUUAUUGUGUUAGUCUUUAUGAAGUUCUUACAAAUUUGUAUAAUCUGUGAAGUUCCUGAAGUAAAGUUAUUAAUUCAAGACUUUUCUUUUAGAGCAUAUAAUUAUAGUAUAACACAAGAAUUGCAGUUUAGGCCAGUUAUUAGAAAGUAUUAAUAUCAUAUUCCUUUCUCAACAAUUAUUCCAGGAAACAAGCCUUUUCAGGUAUAGAGGGAUUCAUGCUAAAUUUAUUUUGACCAGUGCCGUAAGGAAAUUGAAUAUGAAAUGCAUCUUCAGAUUAGCAUAAUGCAUCUUAACAAUGUUAUGACUGGAUCUUGAUCUUGUCUUCCCUCUUAGCAAUUUCUUUAUGAAUACUGUUGACUGGGUGGAAAUAAAAUCAAGGUAAUAAAUACCAACAAAAGAAGGCUGAAGUCUAUUUCCUUUUCUUGUCACAAGUUUACAUCAGGCCCCGGGUCAUGAAACGGACAAUAAAGAUUUAAAUCAAACGAACGUCAGUUAUUACAGUGUUGCAAACUAUUUUAUAAAUGUUUCAUUGUCAGAAACCACGUGACUGAGAUUUCUUUGUUGCAUGACCAUGGAAACUUAGUGAAGUAGACAAUUUUGGUGUUUUAUUUGUCUGUGAUGUAGUAACAAUCUUAACAAAGGCCCUUACCCGGAAUAUUUACAAAGUUUCGAGUGGUAUUUGUUUAACAAUAACAAGGAUCCGUAUACUAUGAUCAAUGUUUCCGCUCAGUCAAAGAAAACAGGAGAAUUCAUCAAGUUUAUUCGACGGAAAACGAUGUUCUACAAACAAGAAACCUGUUUUGUUAUUCUUGCGACAACAGUUGUACUGGUGAUUACACGGGAGUGCACGAACGAUGACCAACUUGGAAAAUUUUCAACACGCAUAAUGGAAAAACAAACGGAUAUAGCGGAAGACGAAGAAAUAUAGAUAUCACCGAACUUAUAUAUCUAAGGUUCAUUUCUCUCAACCAGGGAUGUACUGGUCUGGUAAAAAUGAUUGGCUGUAAUGAUCAAAGAACCUAAUCAAAAUUUUGAGGAGUAGACGAUAAUUAUGACACAGGUCCGGACUAGAAAAGAAUUUCCUUCGGUGAGGGUGAUGAGAGGAGCUCAAAAACUUAUGGAAUUGCAAUGCUAUCGAAGCUGGCUUGUGUGCGACAAAUUCGCAAGUGUGUCAGACAUAACGGAAUUUUCGUAUCCUUUCUGUUCCUUUUCUUUUUAGUUGCAUUCACAACACUAGGAACAACACUUGUCCAUCAGCAUACCUAUUAUCGGCGACCAGUAGGGGGCAUACUCCAAGACAUAUUUCCGAAUGAAGAGAUUAUACAGUUUCGUUUUUUCUCCUAUGACACCGAAUAUCGCUACCCUCCAAUAAAGGUUGAUUUCCCACAAAAAAUUAAAAAUGGAACCAUCGACCUACCAAUAGUGAACCGACAUCCCUUUAAGUUCAUUUUUAACGCUGAUCACGUUUGUAAAGGAACAAAACAGAAGAGUCUUUUAAUUGUUGUAAAAUCAUACGUAGGACAUUUUGCAUUAAGGAAUGUGCUGCGAAAAACUUGGAUACCCAAGGCAAAGGCUUAUAACAUUCCUGUCGUAUUUGCUUUGGGGUAUAAAAAAGACUUACAAUCGCUGGUUAUAGAAGAGAAUGCCCGACACAACGAUAUAGUUCAGGAGGACUUUCUCGAUGUUUACCUCAAUAAUACGUACAAAGCAAUCAUGACUUUUAACUGGGUCGUCGAAAACUGCAACCAUUUUAGAUAUGUUUACUUUGAUGAUGAUGAUAUGUUUCUACAUUUAGACAACUUAGUGAAGCAUGUAAAAAUGCUGGAAAUGGAAGGCACAAAUUUAUUCUCAGGAAGUUUAGCGUCGAGAGGAAAACCCGUUCGCGACCCCCAUUCCAAGUGGUACAUAUCUUGGGAGGAGUACCCCUUCGAUUUCUGGCCACCGUACGUUGGAGGGAGUUCAAUGAUUGCCAGCAUGGAUAUCGUUAAAGACAUGCAGAAAAUAUUUCCAUAUGUCCGACCUCUAAGCUUCGAUGACGUAUAUUUGGGAAUAGUGUUAAACAAGCUCGGAAUAUUGCCUAAUAAUAAUACUCACUUUGAUAAUACUAUUCUAAGACAUUUUGGAAGGCUUCACGAAUUGAUAGCUAACCAUGGUUUCGAUGAUCCAGUCCUUUACAGCCAAACAUAUCAAUUAGUUUUCCCGGAUGAGAAACAAAUAUCCCAUAAGGAAAAGUUGUGAUGUUUUUAUGAAAAUAACGAAUCAUUUAGAAGAAAAGUAUUGAAUUGGUCAUUUUGAAAGGAUUUUAUGAUAUACACAUUUUUAAGGAUUACUGAUAGAGUCUAAUGUAAAACGAUGUGUUAUUCAUUAUCAGAUUGAUGAAUGGAAGUAUUUAUUUGCAAACCGUGAAUGUUUGUAAAAAUGUGCAAGAGAUGACGGUUUGUUACAUGUGGAAGGAUGUAUAUCUCUAAUGAUCUAAUCAUGACAUAUGCACUCUAUCAUAAACAUAGAAAAUUCGGUUAAUCGCAACUCGCACAAAUCAAACAGCCGGUUAACGAUGCCAUCCCUAUUAUGAAUAUAUUCAUAUUUGCACUACAUUUUUUAUUAUGCAUAAAAACUUUUUAAAAUAG